AAUGGCGCCCCCAAAAGGAAGAGGAGCUCCGUUGCCAUGAUCGGCGACAGCCCUGGCAGUGUCGAUGGCGAUGACGACGGCGACGGAGACGGCACUGCAGAGCAACACGAGAAGAAGAGGCAGCCUGGUGUCAAGAGGGCUUGUAACGAGUGUCGGCAGCAAAAGCUGCGUUGCGAUGUCGUCCAGGACCCCUUCACGAGCUGCUCCCGCUGCGUGCGCCUCAAGCUUGAGUGCAAGAUCGAGUCCAACUUCAAACGUGUCGGGAAGCGCAGCAAACACGCAGAGAUGGAAAAGGAGAUAGACAAGCUGCGGCGCAAUGUCGCCAAGGCUAAGGCCCAGGGCUUCUUGCUCGACGAGGACGAUGACAUGCAGUCCCAGCUACAAUCGCCUGUGGUCAACAGUGUCUAUUCACACACUAGGAACCCAUCCCUGAUGGGCUCCGACGAGGCCGUCUCCUCCCUCCUGCACCUCAAGCGGGGUGGCUCGUACAGCGUGCCGCGCAUAUGUCGGGAGCUGGAAGAUGUACGCCUGACCGAGGACGCCGAGUCCCAGCUAUUCCACGAGUACUUCUCUCGCUACCACCAGUUCCUCCCCUUCCUCAACCCGUCUCAGCCGCCCGACCAGUACUAUGCUCAGCACCCGUUGCUCUACUGGGUCGUCAUCUCCGUCGCCGCCCGCCGCUACCACCCGGACCCGAACCUCCUUGGCACCCUGUCCGGGCCCCUCACCCGUCUGCUCUGGCAGACCAUCGGAGAUGUCCCCAGCAGCCAUCACGUCGUCAAGGCCCUCUGUCUCCUCUGCACCUGGCCGCUUCCCACCAGCACCUCCUCGUCAGACCCCACACAGAUCCUGUGUGGCGUCAUGAUGAAGAUCUCCACCCUCAUCGGUCUGCACCGGCCUCACCAUAUUAAUGACUUCUCGCGCGUCAUUAUCGAUCUCGACAAUGAACAGCUGCACGACCGCGUGGUCACGUGGGCCGUAUGCAACAUUGUCGCCCAGACUAUCGGCACCGGGUACGGACAGCCCGCCUCCACACUAUACGAUUGGACCCUCGCCAUCCGCCCUGGCGAGUCUGGGCCCUUCCAGCUCUCGGCAGAACUGGAGGCGAGGCUGCAGAUAGAACGCUUCUGCGAUAAGGUGUCCAAAGAGAUGUAUAGCAACGCGAGUGAUCCUCGCGGCGUAGCCGGUGACGAGCACCGUGCUAUGCUCAUGCGUGUCUACCGGCGUGAUUUCGGCGAGCUGCAGGCCUCCAUCCUGUCCCGAAACCUGUCUCGGGUAGUCAACCUGCAUCUCAAAGCGGCCGGCCUCCACCUCCGUCUGGCAGGCUUCUUCGACUCCCACAACACCCCCGGCUACCUGGACGACCUCAUGGGUCUGUGGAGGGCCACCUGCAAUUUCCUCGACUACAUCAUGGAGAGCGAGGCGUCGUCACCCCUUGACCCCCACGCCGGUGGCGACCUGCUCAGGUUUGCCACCAACUACAUCCAGCAGAUGCUGGUCGCUGCCGGCUUCGCCCUGCUGAAGCUCGUGCGCUCCUUCUUCGUCAAGUCCAUCGACUUCGAGCGUGGCCGCCUCCUGUUCCACCGGACCAUCACAGCCAUCAGGUCGACCAGUGUCGUGCAGAACGACCUCAACUGGAGGCUGGCCGAGCUCAUGGUACAGAUGUGGAACGGGGCUCGCGUCAACAAGAAGGACCAGGGCUACAGCGAUGACGAUUCCCUACACGACAUCGACGACAGCCUGCAGCUGCGGGUACGCUGUAGACACAGCAUGAGUCUUGUCUAUGAUUCCAUCUGGCACUGGAGGGAGGAGUACCAAGCCCGGGGACGAGGCAACCUUGACUCGCUAAAACAACCUACCAAUCCAGAUUCCGCAGAUCAAUCCUCGGCCUCAUCGACAACGCACCUCGACCCUCCUCUCACGGCAGCGCACGGCCUGCCGACGAGCAUUCUGGCGACUGCCAAUGGGGCUCUUACGCCGAGCGGUGGGUCAGGCUUCGGCGGCGCGCACGCCAGUGGCCUUGGGGGCGCUGGCUACGAGCCAGCGAGUUACGACUUCUUUGACCCUCAACACUGGAUGCUGGAUGGGCUUCUCGAUUUCAACUAU